AUGUUCCUGAGGUCCAGGGGAGACCAGAACCAGUGGUCAGAGUCUAAGGAUACACUACUUUCAAAUUUUGUUAACUUCCUGUUAACGUUCCUUUUUUUGUUAUAGUCUGAAUUUAACAAGAAGAAUACAUACUACGUCUUCAAUCACGUGGACAUCAUCAUUACGUAUCACAGUGGAAAGAACAAAGAAUGGGAAGGUGCAAGACUGGUUGCUGCAAAACUAGUUCCUAAGAGCUACAAUCAUGUAGAUGCUUCACACCUUAAUUGUGACACAGCUCCUCCAAUGGAGAUUCCUGCUGAAGACAAGGAAAAGAAAAUUAAUAUUUUUUACACCUAUUCAGUUAAAUUCAUGGAGGAUGCCAAAAUAAAGUGGGCCUCCAGGUGGGAUUAUAUUUUGGAAUCCAUGCCCCACACAAAUAUUCAGUGGUUUAGUAUUAUGAAUUCCCUUGUGAUUGUCCUGUUCUUAUCUGGGAUGGUGGCCAUGAUUAUGCUUCGGACCCUUCACAAGGAUAUUGCUCGAUACAAUCAGAUUGAUUCUGCAGAGGAUGCUCAGGAAGAGUUUGGUUGGAAGCUGGUGCAUGGUGAUGUUUUUAGGCCUCCCAGGAAGGGAAUGCUUUUAUCCGUUUUCCUCGGUCAAGGAACACAAAUCUUCAUAAUGAUGUUUAUCACUCUUUUCCUUGCAUGUCUUGGGUUUCUUUCACCUGCUAACCGAGGAGCAUUGAUGACUUGUGCUGUUGUUCUGUGGGUUUUGCUUGGAACACCGGCAGGAUACGUUUCUGCCAGAAUGUAUAAAACAUUUGGUGGUGAGAAAUGGAAGACCAAUGUUCUCCUGACUUCUUUUCUAUGUCCUGGAGUUGUCUUCAUUGAUUUCUUUAUUACAAAUCUGAUCCUUUGGGUAGAAGGAUCAUCUGCUGCCAUUCCCUUUGGAACGCUUGUGGCAAUUUUGGCGAUGUGGUUUGGAAUUUCAGUGCCACUGACUUUUGUUGGUGCUUAUUUUGGAUUUAAAAAAAGGCCUAUCGAUCAUCCUGUCCGCACAAAUCAAAUUCCACGUCAAAUCCCAGAGCAGUCGUUCUUUACAAAACCUUUACCAGGCAUCGUUAUGGGUGGCAUCCUACCUUUUGGCUGCAUUUUCAUACAACUGUUUUUUAUUUUGAACAGCAUCUGGUCACAUCAGAUGUAUUACAUGUUUGGAUUCCUGUUCUUGGUGUUCAUCAUUCUGCUCAUAACAUGCUCAGAAGCCACCAUCCUACUCUGUUACUUUCACCUUUGUGCAGAGGAUUACCACUGGUGGUGGCGAUCAUUCCUGACGAGUGGCUUUACAGCUGUUUACUUCUUUGUCUAUGCUGUUCAUUACUUCUUCUCCAAGCUUCAGAUCUCGGGUGCAGCAAGCACAAUACUAUACUUUGGAUACACACUUAUCAUGGUCUUGAUUUUUUUCCUGUUCACAGGUAAGAUGGCAGCACAUUGUGAUGUAUUUAACUGCAUGGUCAAUUUUUUUUAA